CGGAAGAUGUUGAACUUCAAAAACUCCAUAACUGACUCUUAUCAUCAUCCAACUAAACCCCAUGCUCGAACCUUCCAAUAAAACACUAUGGAUUUCUCUUACACGCAUGUAUUUGUCUCCAUCAUACAUACCUACUUGAUUGUUCUGAUCAUCAGAUAGCCUCAAUAAUUCACAAUCUCUCUUUCUCUUUUGUUACAAUUUCUGUUAACAAACUUUGACGUCACCAUUUGAAUUCUUAUCCAAUUCCAUUCCCUAACAGAAUUUUCCCUUUUUCUCUUUCUCUUUUUCAUUCCUUCCAGAUUCUUGAUUUUCCCACUUCCUUCUUUACUCUAUCUUGCUCUGUUUUCAAAAAAAAAAAAAAAAAAGUUGCUUCCUUUCUCAUUUAUUUUCCCGGGAAAGUGAAAAGAAGAAAACGAAUGAGAGAGAGCUCUCACCAGCUUAAAAGGGUACUCAAAUAAAGUCUCCAUUUUUACUCUUCUUUGAAGUUCUCUAGUUUUAUGGAUAAGUUAGGGUUGAGCAAAAGGGGUUAUUUUGAUUUUGCUCUCAAGAACAAAAAUUGGAUUUUAUUAGCAGUAAGUGGUUAUGGUGCUUUUAGGGUUUAUCAUUCUCCUUCAAUUUCCCAGAAACGCAAACAAAUCUCUAAGCUUUUUACUCUUCUUCUCAAUCUCAUCGAAGCUGCUUCUGAUUCCGCUGAAACUGUUAGUGUUAUCUCCAAAGAUCUCACUGUCUUUCUCAGAUCCGAUUCAGAUCAAAUCCCAAAUAGUUUCAAGCAGAUUUCCAAAAUCGCGAAAUCAGAUGAGUUUAAUUCUUCUUUGAUCAGAUUCACUCAAGCUAUGACUGUUGGAUUGAUCCGUGGAAUUGAUGAUGGAUCCGGGUCGGGUUUUACGGAUCGGGUUAUGGAUAAGCUGUUUACGAAAUCCGGGUCGGGUUUUGCUUCGGCGAUUGUUGGUAGCUUUGCGAGAAACUUAGUCGUUGCGUUUUAUUCAUCAUCCAGCGACGGUGAAUCUCCGAUCUUUUCGAAUUCCAAGUUGCUGGACGCGGUUUUUUCCGAUGAUGGGAGGAGAUUGAUCGGCGAUUGCGUUCAGCGUUUCGUGAGUACUGCGGUUUCGGUUUAUCUCGAUAAGACGAGUGACGUUAACGUUUUCGAUGAUUUAUUCGCCGGUUUAACCAAUCCGAAACACGAAGGGAAGGUUAAGCAAACGCUUGUAACGCUAUGUAAUAACGCGGUUGAAACGUUUGUUAGAGCGUCGCGGAAACCGGUUCAAUUGAACCGAUCAUCGUCAUGUCAAGUUUCGUCUCAAACGCUGACCGUUGGAUCAACAAAACAGACGACGUGGAUCGAUCGGGUAUCGUCGUCGUUAUCGGUACCGAGUAACCGGAAAUACGUGGUGGAUUUAACCGGGCGGGUAACGUUUGAGACGGUUAGAUCGUUGUUAGAAGUGUUGAUUGAGAGAGCGAAUGGUAAAGUGGAGAGUUAUGUGGAGAAAGUGAGAGAGAGAGGAAAUGAGACAAGGAGAUUUGUGAGAGUUAAAACAUCACUUCUUCAUAGUUUAUGUUUGUCUCUGUGUUUACAGAUUGUUGAAGCUCCAUGGAUGCUGACUCCAAGAAACUGAUUUUGGAUUUUCAGGCUAAAAGACAAGAAACACUUUUGUGUUUGUUUGUUUGGUUUAAUUCUUGGAUUCAUCAAUCAAAUUUGAUGUAAAAUUGUUUUUUUUUUAAAAAAUUUUUUAUUUGAGGAGAUAUCGAGAGGUGAUUGUUUUUGACUUUUUUUGGAUAGAAAGAAAUGGGUUGGUUUGAAUGUUUUUUUGGAUUUGGAUAUUUGGAUAAUGAUAAGUGUGGGACAUUAUUUGUUACACUUUUGUGGAUAAUAUAUGGUAUGGAUAUAGUUGCUGAGUAA